UAUUCCCUGUCAGUCAAAUGGCGGUCCGACAAAAAACAAAAAAAACAAUAUUUAUUCAUGCGACGAUGAUUUAUUAGUCACUUGUUUCCACGGCGAUUUAUAACCCGCCCUGCAAACAACCCAACAACAAAAAGAGAAGAAAGAGAAAGAAGAGACAAAGACAGAGGAAACGUAGUAACUCGAAAACAAGACAGAAAAAGGCCACGAAAACAUAUUCUCACACGACAGACCGCCUCACUCAUCAUGGUUGACAACGAGCUCCUGUUGUGUAACUUCCGUCGAUGUCGCCGUCCGCUUGACUCCGUGGCGUGGGUCACCUUCUGCUCCCAUAUAUUCUGUCCUGAAGAUGGGAGAAAUCUGCGCCAGACUCCCUGUGAGUGCCCAGCGUGCGGUGCCAAGUUGACCCUGCAAAGCGACGUUCUGCGUGUUGAACUCGACCCUACGGAGCAGUUCAAGUCCAUGAUCCUGGCCGGCCUGCAACCCGAAGUUAUCAUGGAAGUGUGUCAUCGCGGGCUGGCCUUCUGGACUUACCAAGUAAACCAGGAGCGGACGUACCAACAGCACGUGGUCAAAAGACUGCGAGAAAGGUUGCAGGAGAUACAGAGCUAUUACGAACAGGUGGUGAGGGGCCGAGAUGAUCAGCUGGCAGCAGUCAGGAGGCAGCUGGAAGGAGCUCGUCGCGACCACGAGAAGUGCAAGGAGCAGCGAGAGGUCAUCAACGAGAGGCUGGCAGAAAAGACCAGACAGUACCAGAGGCUGCAGACUCUAUACGACACACUAAGGAAGCGCGCCGGACCUCCGACAGGCGUAGGAUGGUCCCCUCCCUCCUCCCAGCCGCAUCCUGAUCCUCGGCCGCCCUUCCGCUGUGCUGCCGCUAUCGGGCCCGCGCUAUAUCCGCCGCCGAGUGGCCACGUGUCUGCCGGUACGGAUGCGGCAGCGGCGGCGGUAGCGGGGGUGGCGGAGGUAGCAGGGGUCGGCCCGCGUUACCAGCAGGUAGGAGUGUAUAAAUAGAUUCUUCGUUGGUGUUGGAAUUAUAUUUCCUUCUUUCUUUCACUCUGAUCCUGAAAUUAAAAAAUAUAUAUAUAUAACAUGGAUGUUGUCGUUUCAUUGUUGUUGAAGUUGUGAAUAUUUCCUACGCCUCCCUCGCGUAGAAGGGGGAUAAUUUUAGAGCCUGAUUAUAACGGAGCCUCGAGGAAUGUUACGAAGACUGAGCACCUCGAGAAAUGUUUGAGCUACGUAACGCUGACUGGCUCAACACGGCAGCGGGGCAGCACUCAUAUUCGCAGGAACAAAUACUCACAUGCAGCAUGUGAGAGAAUCCUGAGUGUGUGUUUCCCUUUAUGAUCCCUAGGUCCGUUAAUAACAAGGG